ACUUUGAUACUUACUUAUUGUCAAGAAUUGUCGAUCGAAAAAUCAAAAUACCAAAAUCAUUUCGCCUUAGGAACUGCAAAUAGCUUAAAAAAAAAAUGAGUAAAGUUCCUUUGAGAGAUAUUUCGCCUAUUAUGCAGGCCUUUAGAAAGUUCCUUCUUGGCAGAGAACAUACGACUGCCUUGAGAUCUCAGCAUCUUAUAUCCGCUAGGACUCAGCCCCCUCCGCAAAUUCCCGAUGGACCGUCCCACAGGCAUGCCCACAACUACUACUACACUCGUGAUGCUCGGAGGGAAGUCACACCACCUCUAAUUGUGACUCAAAAAUUGCUUGCUGACAGUAGUGCUGAUAAAGGAACACCAAAAGCUGCAAUUAACGUUAGGCCUACUCCAGGAAAACUGUACCACUGGGAUAAGCAUUAUGAAUAAAUAAUAUUUAGAUCAAAUUAAAAUUUUGUUGUAAUUAAUUUUGUUGUAAAAAUAUAGAUAUUGCCUACA